AUGUUUCGCAAACUGAAGUUGGUUGGGGCGCACCCAGAUGUCCUCUGGGCCGUCGACGCGCAGAAGGCGCAGCACAAUGGCGAGGAGAUGAUUCGCCUGGAGACGUUGAUGCACCGGCGCAGUUCUGUGAACGGAAGCGGCGGCAGCCGCCAAGCCACUGCGGAGAGUUUCACCUUCUGGUUGGCUGACCAGAAGCAGCAGCACCUGGGCAGCAGUGGAAGCGUACCGCUGCACUCAGUGACAUGCACUAUCAACCCAGUGGCCCCGGCCCGUGUCGUCAAGCAGCAGCUGUCGCAGCUGUUCCGCGAUGCGGGUGUGUAUGAAGAGUUCGAGAUUGGCGACGAGGGAGUCGAGAUGAACCUCGAAUCUGUGCUGCGGCACGCAGAUGAGCGGCAGACCGAGCACCUGCACCAAUCCGGUGCGCUCUACAUACGUGGGGACAAGGCGGUGGAGAUGCUACGACGCUUCGGCGUCCUACUCGUCGUUGAGGAAGACGGAAUCACGUACCUCGUUACGCUGCCGGAGCUGCUGUCGCAGCAGCAGCUCGACUCAGCGCCUGCGACGUACACCCCGGCGCGGAGCCUCGUCGGUCCCAAUGGAGAAAUCGACCCCGAUGUGCAGGAGUACAUGCGUGAUCGUGGACUCCGCGCCUUUGACCUGCGCAUGGCUGGCAGUCACUCCUCGGUGGAGCGCUUCGUGUCCGCCUUUGAGCGGCUGGAGCGGAUGUACGACGUGCACCGCGGCCGGGCGAUGCGUUCGUGUGUGUGCCUUGUUGUGUCCCUCAAGUCACCCGACAACUAUGUGGCGGAGGAUGGCUGCAUUGUCCUUUCCGUGCACCGCAUGCCGGUGUGGGAGGAGUUCCUGCUUAGCCUUCCGCAGGAUGUGUGGCAGAACUGUGUGGAGCUGCACCGCAACUGGCGUGUCGGGAACGCGCCGAAGUUUAGGGAGCGGCAGCGGCAGCUCAUGAGGGUGGCUGACAUGUUCCACUUCUUCAGCGUGCGGCUCGAGUCGGGCAUCGGCUCCCGCACGGACUGGCAGCAGCAGCUCAUACUCCGCCUGCACAAAGAGGAGAUGAUGAUACGCAACGCGGUACGUAAGUACGGCCUGGCGUCCGACCUGCUGAAGAAACGUGGGGAGAUGCACGUGGCAUUCACCCUCCGCAGUGCACUCGACCCCACGAAAGAGAUCGGCUACCGCAUCGGUGGCGACGGCCGUCUCUUCUUCAACUACAGCAUGAUGAGCACGGGGCAGAUGCUGCGCGUGCUGAAGGACAACCUCCGCCGCCUCGAGACGUUCCAGAAGCAGCAUGACGACGCGGUGGCUGCGCUGGAGCAUUUGAGUCGAAGCAUCCCGGUGGACUUCAGCGUCGACACGGAGUGGAAGCUUCGGGAGGAGGGCAACCUGGUGAACUGCUUGCAGCGGUUUGUACGGACGAUCAAAGCGAACCAGGCACAGCUGACAGCUUUCCUGACGAUGCUGCUGAAGAACAGCGACACGAGAGGGGUGCCGAAGAAGCGGAUGGUGUGGAUCAUAUCCGCGCGCUUCGACACGAUGCCCAGCGGUGUUGUGUUCAUUCCAUGGGACGUCGACUUUGAAUCCAUCAAGAAGCACCUGCUACCGCGAGCCUGA